AUGUCUUCAGAGUCAGGAAAGGACAAAGAAAGGCUGGUUCAAGCUGCCAAAACAUUCUUUUUUCACAUGCAAGCUUUUGCUUCCUUUACAAACACACUCACCGAAUUGUGUAACAGCAGUAUGAACAAUUCUGCUAUGAAAGAAGAUGGUUAUAUUAAGGAUGUCUUUAAGCAAAUGCUCAUAAUUUUUAAGGAGAUGCAAUCUGUAGUGGAUGCAGAGGAUGACAAAAUGCAAAAGGAACCUCUAUUUUUCAGGAUUGGGACAGCUAUGUGUGAGAAGAGUGCCAAUGAAAAGGAGUUGCAUGAGUCAGGUAAAGAAGGAUUCAAAAAUGUCCAUGUCCCAACUACUGUCUAUCGGAUGAAUAGUGGUAACAUCCCUGUGAGUUUGGAAUCUUCUCUUUCACUCUUGAUGAAGUAUCCCAUUAUGAAUCUUCAGUUAAGUGACUUCUAUAGAAAAGACACCAAUGAGUGAUCAGAUACUACCACAUCUGAGAAAAGCCAAACGGCAGGCCUGUCCAAAGCCAUUAUAGUAGACACCGUGAAAAAGUUGCGGGAUGCAUUAAAAACCAAGACUACUAAGAAUAUUGAGUUAGCCACAGAGCAGUUAGAGCAAGUUAUCGAAACUGUGGGACCAAUCUGAGAGAUCCUCCAAAAAGCCCUAAAAACUGUGGAAAUGAGUAUUUCUGGGGUUAUGAAAGCCAGGCCGGUAGGAGUGCAACAGAAGUGCUCAUUUCUGUCAUAA